UUGAUUCCUCUGAUGUGGCAAUGUUUGUGAGAAUUUAAUGGUAAAUCAGACAUAGACUCUUUCCUGGAGGUCCAUGGAGUCUAGUGGGGAAUAAAAGAUAGGUUUUCACGUGCCUGUUACAGGAGCCUGUAAGGGAAACCACAAACUGUGUCUGUAGGAUCAAAUUUCAGUCCUCCACAGUUGUCAAAGAAAGACACUGCACAUAUGGGAAGAGUGGGGGAGGGGCCCUCACAGGAAGCUGCAUGACCUCCUGAGUCAGCUGGAUUUGAAUCCUUCAUGUUACGUCCCGGCUGCUCGGAUUCAGAGUCCAACCUGUAUGCGCAGGAGCCUCCUCAUCUGUAAAACCAUCAGUUUCCUAGUGGAAAGGGAACACUGUCUUCAUGUAACAUGUUUUUAACAGGCUCCUGUAGGUGCUGUGACACUGAAGGAGUCGAGGUGGCAAAUCAUUUCCCAUUUGGGAAAUGCAAGUGAAAUCCACAGUGAGAUAUCACACUACACAGCUAUCAGAAUAGCUAAAAUAAAAAAUGACAACACCAAAUGCUCGUGUGGAUGAGGGGAAACUGAAUGACUCAUACAGUACUGGGGAGAAUGUGAAACGGCACAGCCAUUCUGGAAAACAGUUGGACAGUUCCUAAGAAAUAAAAAAUAAAACUACAAACAAACAAACAAACAUAGCUAGCAUAUGACCUGGCUCUUCCCGUCCUGGGCAUUUAGCCCAGAGAAGUGAAGACUUCACGCUGACACCGAAACCUGCACGCAGAUGUUUAUAGUAGCUUUCUUAGUGACAGCCAAAAGCUGCAGACACUUCGAACUCCUUCAACAGGUAGUUAAGCAAACUGUGAUACAUCCAUAUCAUGAUGUACUACUAAGGGACACAAAGCAAUGAACUGUGAAUACUUGCAGCCGUCCAGAUGAAUCUCCAGUUACCUCAAAUGGGAAAAAGCAAAUCCCCGAAUGUCAUAAACUAUGUGAUCCCCUCUGUAUAACAUUCUUGAAAUGGCAACAUUAUACACAUGGAGAACAGCUUUUGUGAUUGCCAGGGAGUAAAGAGGUGGUGGAGGGGGGAAGAAAUUUGUGUGGUUGUAAACGGGGAAUAGGAAGGACCCUGGUGGUGAUGGAAGUGUCUCUGGAAGACUCCAUCUGUAAAAAAACGGAUGUCAUCUCUCUGUGUUAUUUCUUAUAGCUGCAAAUGAAUCUACAGUUAUCUCAAAAGAAAAUGAUUACUUUUAAAAAAUCAAAACUUGGAGGCCAAGAUAGGGAAACCGGUAUGUCAGUUUGGCAGUUACGACAUGAGCUUUGAAUCUGUGACAUCACAAUGGCAGUGACCGCGGACCGCUGCAGAAUCUUCAGGCUUCAAGCAUUUGACAGUACUCUGCCAAGUGCUGUAGACUCCCUGGAUUUCCCGUCCCGCGAAUUGAAGAGAAAAGGAUGUUCCCAUCAAUCAGAAAGCACGCUGAGCUUGCAGGCGCUCACCCAAGGCUUCAGCGCCCGAGGAAUAGCUCGACUGUGGAGGUGGACACCCACAGCAAAAGCACUACAUCAUCUGAGGGUGCCACUCGUACCUUGCUCAUCCAUGGCCCCGUUGAGCUCAAGAAAGGCUGGAGGAGGCAGAAGUGGCAGCUUUUCUUGUACAGAGAUUUAUUACUGAUGUCUAAUACCAAGUAUAAGAAAAACUUUAAGAUAAAAAAGAAAAUACCACUGAACACCAUGUGGAUUGCCAACUGCAUGGAUACAGUGGGAGAUGCCAACAUCCGUUCUGGGAGGUCCUUUGUGUUGGGCUGGCCCACGGUGAACUUCGUGGCCACCUUCAGUUCUUCGGAACAAAAGGAAAAUGGUGUUCUUACCUUCAAAGGUACAUCAUGCUAGCCAAAGAGAAGGAGUAGCCAAAAAGCAUUCCCCUCAAAAUCUUCACAGAGGACAAGAACUGUGCCUGUCCCAUAACUGUAACAGUGACAAAUUCAGACACAGCAAAUGACACCAUCAACAUGUUACUACCAAUGCUGAGAAUAACUGGCUCUGAGAAAGACUACCAGCUGUGGGCGAGUUCUGGCAAGGAAGAAGUUCCACUAAUUGGACACGAACAUCCCUAUGGAAUUAAAAUGAGCCAUCUUCCAUCUACUAAACUGCUACCAAAGGAACCAGAGGACUCCAUCUCUCCUUCCACAACUCAAGAGUCCCUACUGGAGCAGAAGAUCACAGAGAUGCAAAUUCAGUUCAUGCUGAAGCCCAGGCACCCAGCCCAGAACAAGCAAGGGAAAGAUUCAGGCCAGAAGACCACAAAAAGCAGUGCUUUCGGAAACUUGGCCUUUUGGCGGCGCGCUGGCACUUGCCAGAACAACCAGUGCACAGCUGUUCCUUCUGCAAAACCCAGACAGCUCUUUGGAGUUUCCCUCACAGAUAUCUGUGAGAAUGACAACUUGCCCGUCCCAAUUCUGGAUAUGCUCUCCUUUAUCAAUAGGAAAGGACCACUCAUGGAAGGCAUCUUCAGAAUAUCAGGAAGUAGAGUAUCACGCAGAAUUCUGAAGGAGAAACUAAGUUUUGAGGACAGAGUGAACUUGGACAGCGAAUCUGUUCUUGUGGUAGCAUCUGUUUUAAAGGAUUUUCUUCGAAACAUCCCAGGAGGUAUAUUUUCCUGCGACCUCUAUGACAAAUGGCUUGGUGUUAUUAAUGAAGGGACCAAGGAGGAGAAAAUAAAUGCAGCCCAGAGGCUUCUAGCCCAGCUGCCAAAAGCAAAUGUUGUUCUCCUGUGAUACCUUUUUGGAGUGUUAUACAACAUUGAGCAACAAUCCUCAUCCAAUCAGAUGACAGCUUAUAAUUUAUCAGUGUGUAUAGCUCGAAGCAUUCUUUGUCCAUCUAAUUCCUGCAGCUUGGAAUGGGAAGACAUCUUCAUAAAAAAGGUGUCUCUUGUACACUUUUUGAUUGAAAAUUGCCUCAAGAUAUUUGGAGAAGACAUCACUUCUCUCUUGGGAGAGAAUUCAAUGAGUUGUGAUAACAAUGAGAAGGCUGCAGUGACAGAAAAACCACCUGUGAAUCCAAGCAGUGAGAGUGACAGUAAUUUCCCAAAAGGUACAACUGCAGAAUGAUACCAAGUCCCCAUCUGGCAUGGGUCCAUCCACCUACAUGUCUACAGUUUACUAAGUCACUGACGACUGGAAUCUCCAUAUGACACUUGACACUUCUUUUUAUUUUUCCAAUGAAUGAAAAAUGAACCCCUUCCAAGACCCAGCUAUUUCCAUUUAAAGUUUUUUCCUUGCUCCCAUAUAUUCAUAUUGAGGAUAUCUUCCCACAAAAUAUCUCCUCUAUCUUCAAUGCCUACCAUAUCUAUCUUAUUACAUACUUUUUUGUCUGCUUGAGAUCCCUUCUCUCUGUCUCCUUCACUGCUCUCUCUCACUCAUGCGCACCCUCUUAAUUAAAUAAAAAUCUUUAAGAAGAUCA